AUGGAAGGACGGCGGCAAGCGUUGUUCGGUACCUGCGCCUUUCUUUUGGCCCUUCACGGUGCGGUUCAGACUGCAAAGGUUGAUGGUGCCGGCCAAAAAUCUCUGGAUAUUAACGCUUGGUUGACGCACUUAAGCAGAGAAACGUUUUAUGGACAAAGCACCACUCCUAAAUCAACAUCCUCCCUACUUGGGAUGAAUGCCUAUUGCCUGAAGAUGACAUUUCUGGCGGGAGGAACUACAGGGCUGGUCAAGACACUCUUGUUGUCCUACAUAGAUGCCUCCAACCGUGGUGAAAGUACACACAGAGCGAACGCUUCAUUAGACAUCAAGCCGCUACCCCCAAAGAACGUAGCGUUUAAUUUUACCCGCACUGCCAAUCCGAAGCUCAUGGGAAGGACAGUUAAAUAUGAACUUCUGAAAACUCGGAAUAUAAAUUACACAUUUUGCAGCAUUCUACAAACUUCAAAAGGACAGCCAGACUGUUCCUACUGGGUCCUGGUAAUGAGCAGAGGCGGCAUCGUUCCAGACUGGUGCCAACCGGACCCUAUUGAGCCGGGCUGCAAAGUGGAGAUCUACACCCUGAAGAAACAUGAGGAAUGCGGAUAUGCAAGUGAAGAGGAAGAAGAGGAUGAUGACGACGAAUCUGAGGAAAGCGAUUCUGAGGAAGACGAGGAUGAGGAAGACGACGAUGAGGAAGACGAUGAUACGGACUGUAAUGAUGAAGAUGGAGAAGAAAAUUCAAAGGACGAAGACGAAGACGAAGAAAAUGAAUCGGGAGGUGAAAGUAAAGAUACAGAAGAGGAAGAAUAAGAGAAGGAAGAGAUAUAAAAAAGAUUGCGGUAGAGUU